UUUGGGGUCAGCUGGAAAUGAAAAACUAGACGAAUUACGUGGUUACUGAAUAGACGUCAUGUAAUUUAAUCGACAUCAACAGGUAUUUAAAGUGUUACCGUUAUAUUGAUAUGUGCGACUAUAACCAUGAGGAUUUAAAAUGAAGACAGGCUAUGCCUUGUAAAAACGAUGCUCGAGUAGAACCUCGGCUCGCAGGUAUGGACCCUUUCCUAAACGAACCAAGAUGUUCCUCUGCAGUCUUCCAUUCGUUGACUGUGCCCUGCCAGGGUACAGUUGAAGAAUUGGAAUAAGGCAGGACAUCUCCAUCACGACAACGGCAGCUACAAUCACAUUUCACAAUGAUCCAUUUAUCAUUUCUGGGAGCUGGCAGUAACUCCAGAAGGCAUCAACGAUGUCCCAGUCAAUUCAGAAUUUUCUAUGGUGGUGGUAGUUCUAUCAAACCAAUGGAUUCAAACCCUUGCUUGUAGACCUAAAGGUCAAAUAUUAACUGAAGGCUAAGAAAAAACUUGCUUUGCUCUCAUGAGGUACCUGGAGAAGCAGGUACACAUGGAGACCUUGCAUAUGCCAUCGGUCCAGGUAUGGUUGGGGAAUGAGCUAGAAAGUAGGGGUAUUGACUCCAUAAUCUACUCGCGCCACAUAAUCCAAUUACUGCAGCAAGAUGAUGAUGAAGAGAUUGACUGUCCAGACUACUUUGAUUUCAACAAAUAUAAACCUCAAGUGAACAAGAAAGGCAAAGUCAAGAAGCCAGAGAAAGUGAACCAAGCAAAUUCGGAAAAAACAGAAGACAGAAAAAAGAAUGCAGCCAUUGAAUGUCUUCAGGCAGCUGUGUCAGAAGAGGACACUGGUAUUGAGGUUUUGGUUGAAGAGUUGUGUACAAAGCUGAAAGAAGUUUGUAAACCAGCAAACCCUGAAGACUCUGAAGUUUUGCAGCUCUCUGAUAGUUCAACCACUACUGAUGAAACUGAUACAUCCAACAGCAGCCCAGAUCCAGCUGAAAGGUAUUAUGCCGCUUUCCCAGCAUUACAUGGACAGGAAAAACCAGAAUGCAGUGACUUUUCAUCGCCCUACAAUCAAGACAGUGUUGAUGUAUGGAGGAAAAAUCCCAUCACAAAGUCCACUGGUGAAAGCUUAAGUGUUAAUUUUGACUCGGGAAACGAAUCAGAAAAAGAAAGUAAACAAAGAGCGCGUAGAGACAAAGGAACCAAAACAAGAAGUGAAUCUAGACAAAACAAAAGCAGUAAGAAAAGGAAAUCGGCUCGUCAUCAGGGAAGAAUUGGUGGGAAAAACAGUGACAGCAUUGGAAAGUUUUGUCGUUUUGCAAAUUGGUCUCAAGAUUGGAACUAUGAUUCAGAUUCAGCCAUUGACUAUCAUCAAGAACUUACCAUGGACAAAGAAAGAGAGCUAUGUAGCCAAGUUGAAAACCUUCUGAGAGAAAUACUUCUUCCAGGCUCUAAACAUGGUGAUUUCCUGGGGAAAACUGGAAGACCUUAUUAUAAAACAGCACCUGCCUCACUAUCAGAGGAGCGAUUCAGUCCUGAAGUUCAGGAGAAAGAUUUCUGGUAUACCCAACCGUUCGAUGAGUUGUUUGAAGCUGAGGAUGAAUCUACUCCAUUUCAUCAACGAUUGUACAAAAGGCACAGCUAUCCCUCAUUUGAAUGCUUCAAUCAGACCAAUGACCAAGACAUUCUGAGCACCACGUCUAGUCCAUCCAAGAAAUGUGAGAGGGAUAUUGACGCAAAUGUUGAACAACACAUAGAUAGUGGAAAGGAAAGCAGGAAAGCUGUCGAAGGGACUCCUGAUUUAGACACACUGGUUAUGAAAGACAACGAUGAAGGUCAAGAAAGCCUCGGCUUGCAGUUACUUAGCCUUGAAGAUAUCAAUAACAGGAAUUCAGUAUUCAAGGACAGCGAUGCAUUUGGUCUGCAGGAAUUAAGCCUGGAGGAAAAUACAAGCUUAGAUAAUGAUGACAGUUUUGGUCUGCAGUCUUUGAUGGUGGAGCAAGAAUGUUUUGAAAAUCUAUUGGAAGAAAAAAAUCCACCAGAAAAGGAUAUUUUUGUUAUGCCUGAAGGAGAACUUGUUCCAGAUGCCCUCGCCCACCCAAAUCAUUUAUCAUAUUUCUUGUCAUCAUCCCCUUGGACAGCUACUGAAAAAGAUUUCAGAGAAGUUGUUGUGCCACAUAAAGAUGAAGCAGAGAAGAAGAAACUAGAAAAUGAGUCCAAUUAUGCAUCACCUGUUCAAAACAGUCUUACAUAUUACCAGACUACAAGAAACCAAGACGAAGUUGGCUAUGUGGUCCCAGAUGAAUUUGAAAAUGACAAGUCUAAGAUCAACUGUGACCAUUACAGGGAAGACAACUUGCCUUUCAAGGGUUCUUCAUCAUCUCUGUUUGAUCCUGUGUUAAAGUCCAACACAGAUUCCUCUACCUCAUCCAACUCGUCAGCUUCGGUGACUACCAUGAUGGAGCACAGACCCAACAUUGACUGGAUGUCACACCACUCGGACGAGAAGACUUCAGUCCCAGACUAUGAUUCAUUCACCCAUCCAUUUUCAUCAUUAUAUACUUCCUUUCAGUCCACAGACUUUCUGUCUCCAGCAUCCAAUGUAGUUGAUCAUGAGAUCUCCAUACCAGUCAGUAGUAACGAACCAUCUCAGAUGAGUGUCUGGCCCAACAAAUUUCUCUUUGGCAGAGAUACUGAUGUUGAUGACAGUUCAGCUAUAGGUUGGGAUAUGAGUAGCAGUCCACAACUGUCUUUUGGUGGAAAAGCAUCACAGCUCUGGGAUGUCAACUACCAAGGGAAGAAAAUGCUUGGAUUUGCAUAUCCAUGGAAACCGUUUCAGCACCUCGAUCACAUACAGGAGACUUCCACUGAAUCAAAUAUUAUGCAAAGUGUAAACUUCAUGGGAAACAACCAAUCUGAUGAUGAUACAUCCCUCAACACCCUGAUCCCACAAAUAACUUUUUCCUUAAUUUCUGAAGAAGAAGAAAGUGCUUUCAUGAAUGACGAUAGUGAUGGAGAAAAUGAAGAUCAACAUUUGUUUUCCCAUGACUACAGAAAGGAUUUUGACCGAAGUUUUUCAUUGAAUGAACUUUCGUCACUGAGGUCAAAAGCAGAAUCUGUGACUUCCAAUUCUCAGCUUUCGAAAAGUUUUGAACUUGUACCGUCUGAACAUUCAGCUUUUCAGGAUGUCGUACCAAGGAGAAUACAGCAUGCUGUAAGUGAACCAAACCUUCAGCAAUACCAUCUUGACAGCAAUCGGAAUGAACCCAAGUUUUUUGAUGAAUGUUUGUCUCUUACACCAAAAAAGAAAAUGGAAUCCAGCAGUCCAAAAGAACAUCUGUUUUUCUCCCCAAAGACUCAUUUUCAGCCAAUCCAGACACCAGUGGAAAAGAAUGGUGAUACAGCCUCAGAUGCUUCCUCUUCAGACUUCCAUUUGCGAGAUCUGUUUGGAGGCUGCCCCAAAACAUCGAAAACACCCUAUCAAAAGUUCCAAGAUGUUGGAUCGGACUCCAGUGAAGAAAGUUUCAUCCCUAUGUUUAAACUAAGGAAGGAGCAUGACAAAUACAUUCAAACCAAUACCUCUGUUACUUAUCAAACAGCAGAAUCAAACUGUGAUGGUGAAGAAUAUGGGAAUAUAUGUAACAAAUGUGGGAAUUUCAUACAGAAUAGAAACUGGGAACAGGACGGGGGCCCAGAAUGUAUCUGUACGGAGUUCUACCAGAAUGCUCUUGAGGACUUUGACAUCUAUGGAUAUGUUGAAAGCUUGACAGUCUCGGAACAAAACACACCACAGAAUGUACCAAAGGAAGUGAAGAAUGCUUGUACAGAUUCUGGCUAUGAAGAUUUUGACACAGGAGAUACAGGAUUUGAAGGUUCAAGAAAUGUUAGGUAUGCAUUUCCUGAAAGAUGUGUGCCUCCUGUUGCAAGUAUUCCUGCAGGGAAUGUCUUUGAAUGUAUAACUGUUGAGAAGUCCUCUGGAGAGAAACAGGUGUUCAGCAGGGAGGAUGGCUGGGUAAUGUACAAGGUUGAAGGAGGUUUAGGACUACAGUGCUUAAACGAGGCUCAUAUACGCAAAAAUUUGAAAUAUGCAAAAGGUGGGAAAGAAGAGGAGGAUGUUGAGGGGGAUGAGGUAGAAGAUGGAGAGGAAUUUCUGAUGCAUCAGGUAGAGGAAGAAUGGCUCCUAAACGGGUAUUACUGUGAAGGAGAACUGCUUGAUGACACAGACAACCUUGACUAUCCAGUCUCGCAAAGUGUGUGGAGUACUGGGCAGGACUAUACGACGAGGGAAGAACAAAUUUUCAUGGAUCAACAAUAUUCGGAGAGAGAAGCUUCUGUCGAACCUUACAUGAGAAAUCUCUCACAGUCCAGCUAUUCGGUUAAUCCUUUUGCCUCAGAUAACGGCAUUCUCACGAGACAUUUUCUUAAAGAAGAUGUGCAACAAAGUGAUAGGGAAUGCAUUCAGAAUGAUUCAAGUAACAUUGGUGAAAGUGUAGGAAAUGUGUCCAACUUUACAUGUUCCGAUAGGCAUCACUCUGAUAACACUGAAUUGACUUAUGGAGUAGCCAUCGAGGAAUGGCAAGAUGCUUCUAAACCUGAACCAUUCCAGCAGGAUGAAGAUGUUAUAAAGGUUAAACUUGUUUUCCACCAGAGAAAGAAUGCACAUGCAGACUUGGGCAACCAUAAUAUAAAGUCACAGGAAACUGUUGAUCCACAGUUUUUUAUGCCAAUGCCAAGUCAAGCUGUCUUCUCCACCGAUUUGGAAGAGGAGUGGCUGAAAGGAAAACAUGAUGAAAACGAUCUCAACUUACAAUCUUUAGUAAAGGGAUCAGGUGGGAAAAAGAAACCCUGUAGCUUCUUCAUGGAGGGAGUCUGUCGACGCAUGGACUGUAAAUUUGUCCACGAUGUGUCCAACAUCACCUGCAGGUUCUGGGCAGAAGGAGAUUGCUUUAAAGCAGAGAUGUGUCCAUUCCUGCAUGGAUAUUAUCCAAAGGUUAAAGGUGGCGCUUCAGGUAGUAAAUCAAAAGGUACAAAAUUUGAAUUGCGAGUGGAUGAUUUCCCAGAUUUGAGGAAGGUCGCAAAGGAUGGUGAUAGCAAGUCCAAGACAUUGCAUACCAAAAAAAAUCCAUAUUUUGAUGCAAAAUCAAACAACAAAAACAACAAGAGAGGGCAAAUGAAGACGGGAGAUAAAGGAACAGCUACUCUUCAAAAGUCACAGGGCGAAGGGAAAACCUCCCUGCAAACCAACAUGAAGUGCUCAGCCUUCCCUCGAAAGACUACCUCUAGCAACGCUCCCAAAAACAAACAGUGACUGUGUUUAUCUAGUCAUUUCAAAAAAUAUAUUUUUUGCUUUGUUGUAAUUGAAAGCUUUCUUGGUGGUCUUCAGUAAAAACUUAAGAUCACUGUUAGCGGUCAGUUUUUAUUACUUGCCAAAAACAAAGCUUCAAAAUGCCAUCUUUUGUUUGUUCUCUUUAGAAUUUAUGUUCUAUCAUGUUAAGAUAGAUAAAUGAUGUAUAUAUAAGUUUCGUAUGUGUAUUAUAGAGCUGUUCUUUGUCUAACCAGUGCACACAAAGUCCUUGUGUGAGCCCAGGAGAUCAUAUCCUACAAUUAUUUUAAUUUCCAAUUUAUUUUUUUUAUUUUUUUCCCCCAUUAUAUUUGGUGCUUAUUCCCGAAACUUCAUUUUAUAUAUUUUGAAAAGUUGGUCACAUCAUUUUUAAUUCCGUUUAUUCAUAAUGUAUAAAGACAAGUCACAUCGUUUUAAUACAAUGAAGAAGAAUAUUUUGAAUGAUUGUCCUAAUAUCAGAAUUUUUACACCUAAAAUAUUUUCUAUAUUUUCGCAGAAAAUCAACACAUGCAUCACGUAGUAGUCUAAAUCUUUGCACAUGGAGGACAGAUCUUAGACAAGCACAAAAUCUGAGUAGCAUUACUGCAUACUUUGGAAUUUUUGCCCCAUUUUAUUUUCGCCUUUUUCUCACUCCGUAAAGUGCAAAUUUAUUGGUGAAGGGUGAAUAUUUGACUGGGCAAAAGUUUCCUGGUAUGCAGUAUUGUUUAUGUACUAGAAAUUAAAAUUCAAGCAUCUUGUGUUGGUGUAGACGUAAUAACAUUCCUCUAAUUAUAACCGUUGACUGCUCUCACACAACUAUGAUGUGACUUAUCUUAAAAAAAACUAUGCUUUAAAAGAUCUUCAAUAUACAUUGCCAUAAUACAUAAAAUAAAACACCAACCAUUCAUACACCCAUGUAUUGGUUAGAUUUAGAUCCAUUUUAAUGUAGGUACUGCAUUAAAUACCAUAGAUUCCUUGUGUAGUUGUUGAUAUUUAUGUCUCUAUAUAGUUACCAAAAAUCACCAAUAUAGCCUGAAGCUAACCCUGUUACCAAAAAUCACCAAUAUAGCCUGAAGCUACCCAACAGGGUUGACACAGAGGUAAUACAUUUCUUAACUAUUAUUCAAAUUUGAUUGCAGCAUAGAACAUUGCACUCAGUUAGACACUUACUUGUGCACCUAUAUGUACCAGUAACAAAUGGAGGUACUGUAUAUGUUAUGAUUCAAAACAACUUUAUUGUGAGCACCUGCAAGUAGUAAGUUUUGUAUAGGUGGAAAAGUGUAUAAAUGACGUGUAUUUUAGCAAUGUGUUUGUGGUGUUGAGAAGUAUAAAUGCUUUAUAGAUGUAGUACCAAAGAAAUACCCUAUGUGUAUGUAUUUUUAUUAGUGUUUGUAUGUCUGUGGUUUAUAUGUUAAUAACUGAUGAUUUACCUGGAAUGGUAGAGUACAGUGAUUUUCAACUUGAUAUCUUAAGGGCAUAGAAGAAGAAAUAAAAACUUGUACAUUGGGCAAACACUGACGCAAAAAAAAUAAAAAAUAUUCAGUUGACAUGUCUUUUUAGAUGAUACUUGAUCAUUUAAUCUGACAAAACUUCCUGAUUAGUUUCACUUAACCCUUUCACCACUGUAGACCAUAAUGGAAUCUUCCAAAUUAAUGCAUGGUAAUUCAUUUGACCAAUAUUGAUUUUUUUUCUCCCAAAAUAGAAAUAUAUGUUAUAUAUAUCUUCAAUUUAUAUAAAGGACAUAAAUUUGUUGUAUAUUUUCUGGUUUUAUUAGAAAAGUAUGACCAAUGUUGAAUGGAAAAUCAAGUUACCUUGUUGAUUUUGUUGAUGAUACUUGCACAAUAGCUGCAGUUGGGAUGAAGAGUAUUUGUUUCUUUAAAAAAAAAAACAGACUGAAGUACACUAUGAGGGAUUUGAGAUGAGAUAUUGGAGAGAAGAAAUAUAUACAUGGAAGACUCUAAAGCAUAAAAACGCUUUUAAACUUAAAAAAAAAAAAGAUAAUUCGGCACAUCUCAAGUGUUCUGCAUGUAUUUAUGUAUCGUGCAAGCCCUGAAACUCUAUUUAAAGAUAUAUAUUUAUAUGUUUGUGUAUAUAAACUAUCAAUGUGACCUAGUAGAAUAAUCUACUCUGCAAAUCCCUGCUACAUUUGUUUCCAAGGGGAAAUUUGCCUCCACUGUAUUUUUAAACAAUUAUAAGACUAGUCGUGAAGAUUGUAAUGGAAAUGUCUGCUUGGUAGUAUUCCAGUGAAUUGAUUCUCUUUACAUAGAAAAUACUUUUUAAUGACAGAAGUGGAAGAAAUAUUAACUUCCUGAGAAUUAUAUAUAAUUUCUGACAUUGAACUAGUUUGUAUAUUUUGCAUGCAGUAAAAAGCACUUUGAAAGGACAAACCAUGAAGUAACUUCAAUAUUGGUUACCAUGAUAAAGGGUGGUUCCCUUGAAAAUAUAUCUGUCAGAAAGAUUUGUAGGAAUUACAGUACAAAUGUUUUAAACUGAUCUUGCCAUUACUGGAAUAUUGCCAAGCCCAAAAGCAGUUUUGUUGUUGAGAAAAGCAUGCAUUGUUCAAGGGGAAUUCUUUGUAGCCAGGCCUGGUGAAAUUUCCUAGAUAAUGUAAGGAAAUGUUACUAAAUUCAAAAGAUACAUUGAAUUUUGUUUACUUUGUUUAAAAAAUCCUUGCUGAAACUUUUCAUCUAAUUAAUUGAAAUAAAUAACGGUGUUUGUUUGCACAUGCCUGGUAUAUACUGCAUAGUGCGAAAUCUGUGUACAGAAUGGUUUUCUGUUAAACCUAUGAAGUAGAUAUGCAAUAAGAUCAUUGUGUAACUUUGGCGCUGUUGACUCAGUUUUUGUGAUGAGCCGUAUGAUAAUGAUGUACCAGGUAGAUAGAUGUGAUUCAACCAAAAUAAAUAGAGAAGAGUGUGAAUUUCACAAUGGGUUCAUGAAAUAAGUGCUGGCUAUGAGGGAAUUCUACUUGGAAUAGAUAAGCAUCUCGGCAAUAGUGCCAGUACUUCGCUUGUCCAAUCAAGUUGUUUUGGCAAAAAAAACCAUAUGAAUUCUCGACAACAAUCUUGUAACUACAUUUAAUAAAUGGCAUUUCUCUACUGCAGAUUGUAUAAUCCUCUGCUUUAGGAAAUAUAUAAAAUAAAUUGUGAUAUCUUGUGUUAUGUGUAUCAGUUUAAUAUAUUAAAUAGUUGUAUGGAGGGAUUAGUUGUGUGUGAAAAGAUUUGAAUGAAUGUUACGUCUAUGUAGAAGAUAUUCAAAAGAGAAGAUUAGUUAAGAUUUAUAACCAUUUUUGUGAGUUCAGCCUCAAGUUUGACCUAUAAUCUUAAGUAAGUAGGUUAUAGGAGAGGAUUAACUUGUGAGGAUUAAUAUAAAAGGAAUUCAUCAUCCGUAACUCUAUGACCAGAAAUAUUUAAAAAAAAAAAAAAGAUGGUUAAUGCGACACCAGGUGGUGUUUUUCCACACCAAAAUCAUAUAGAAUAUAACGCUUGGCCAGGGGGUGAUGAAACCUUGACUAGUUGUGUUUGAGAUAUUUAUAUAUGUGGUUGGAUGUAUGCGAGUAACAGUUUGUACAUGAUUAAAUUAAGUUGUGGGUGAAAAGCAUGUUGAAAUGAUGGGAAAACUCACUUGUGGGACUGUCGAGAGGUGCUCUCUAAAUCUGUGCUGCAAUGGAAUUGAGGAAUAAAAUUCUCCCGAAUCAUUACUAUGUUGAUAUUGACGUCGUGUCAAGGAACAGGUUGUCAUUAUCAAAGUCAAUUUAUAAUUCUGUGAUCAUAUUGUCGUUAUUUAAUUGUUAACACUCAUUACAAGUGAAAAACAAAUUAAAUAAUUCUUUAUAAAAAGGGAAAAAAAGUGUUUCCUCUAUUAAAUCAAUUGUUAUAAAUUCUCUUGAUAGAUCUAUAUAAAUUUCCUAAAGAGAAUUUAUAACAAUUGAUUUGUUAAAAGAUGUGACUCAUUACCUCAGUUAAUAGUCAUUUACAAGAAAACAAAAUAAUUCAGCACCUUUAACUCAUUCACCCCUGGAAUAGUUUAAUGAACUAUUCCAACAUUUGAAUUUGAAGAGUUCAAAUGUGUCUUCAGGGGUGAAUGAGUUAAACAAAAAAAGGGUCAUUGUCGGUUUUACUCUUUGCAACUCUGCUACAUUAAAAAAGAAACUUAAGUAGCUUUGUUCAUUACCCGUGUUGAUGUUUCAUGAACAAAGGCAUGGGGUUCCAUUGACCCAUUAGUGAGCAUAUAAUCAGAGUAUCUAGUUAGAAUGAUAGUACAUCUAACAUUUCAUUCAUGUAUCUCGGUACCAAGUAUGGAGAUAUUGUAGAAUUGAAAUUCUUCGUUGUUUAAGAUACUUAUAAAAAAACUUGCAUUCAUGCAUGAUAAAAAACAUAAAAACUGUGUCUUUUAUCUCUGUUGAUAAUUUCCUUGUUUAAAUUCUUGAUGGAUUUUAGUUAUUAGUCGAUGCUUUCCAAAAGUGAUUCCCUAAAUAGAACAACCUCUUUAAUCCAGACUAUUGGGUUACAUUAGUUACAACACAACAAAUAAAAAUGUUCUUGAUUAAAUGAAGCUUUCAGCAUUCUUACAUUGUGAAUGAAAUAUGAAAGGUAGAUUUCAGAAUUAUUCUGAAUCCAGAUUUACAAGGUUUUCAUAAUGGCUGCAGGCUAUUCCUGCUAGCCUGAUUGUUGUAUAUACAGUGCAGUUAAGUUUGUUGAAUGUUUUGUGUGAAUUACAUUUCAUUAUUAAUGUUUCCUGUUAUUUAUAUAUUGUGUAGAUUUAUAUUGUCAUAGUCAAUAGUGUUAUCAAAAGAAUGGCCACUGUGUUUCAAAAAAAAGAGGAAAAACAAUCUUUGAAAUGUUCACCGUGACAUUCCUUUUGUGAGUUCAGACUUAUUGUGUAACUAGUUUGCUUAUGGUUUAAUCCUACUAGAAGAAACAAUCUUGAAUCAUCGCAACAUUUAACCCUUUCACCACUGUGGACCAUAAUGGACUCAUUCAGAUCAUUACAUGAUAGAGUCUACUAAAGUUACAUGGGGAUGAAAGGGUAAAUAUAUUUGACAUUAUUUUCUAGUUCUGAGUUAAUAACUGCACAACUAGAUAAUAAUAUAGAGGUUAAGAUUAGUGUAUCACAAUGAUAAUUUCCAAAUUUUAGCUUCUAAUUCUUAAGAUUAUGUUUGUAAAGAAAUAUAUAAAUGAAGCAAUAGUUAUAAAACAGUUAUUUAUGUAUUGUUUAACAAAACAAAACAAAACAUUAGAAGGUAUUCUUUGUAGGGUCUGUAAGUACAACCUGUAGAACAACCAAGUUAACCCUGAAGUGGUUGAGAUACACUUUUUUGUAGACAGGGUUUUGUUUAAAUAAAGGAAAGGAACUCUCAAAGAUAGUAACAACCAGUAUUUAAAGAAACAAUAGUGAUGAUGUGUCUGUAGAAACUCUCUAAUUGUUAACAUGUACCUUAAAAAUUAAAAAUAAAUCAUUUAGGUUUAUAAAACAAUUUCACCUUGUCAAACAGUUGCAGUUUAAUGACAGAUGUGUCCUUUUAUAACUUGUGUUUUUCUCCAAGACAUUUGUUUCUACAUGUGUUUCAACAAUGCCCCAUUUGCAUCCCAGCGACUUGAUUUUAUUUUAUUGUCCAAAGGGUAGAUAACUGUGCCGUUUUGUUGAAUUGUACCUUUGAAUGUACGACAAUGGCAUCUACAUAUAACGUGUUAUUGUUUCUUCCUUGAUUGUUUGCGUAGUGCUUGUAUUUAUAUAAUACUCAUUAUUGUCGUCCUUUUGUACAGAUCAUUGUUAUCUAGUCCUCCUGUUCGCCUUUUGUUAUUGGAAUCUGGUGUUAAUUUUCGCCCGAAGAUGUCUUGCGUAGUUCACAUGUAUCUCGGUGUUUAGCCAUACACAUGUGUAUUGACAGUCGCCAGUGUUGUCGGCUGUCGUAGAGAUCAAGCAAGAUGUCUUUACUAUAUCUGUCUAUUAUUCUGUCAACCAUGUUAUCAGAUUUUUGUCCAAUUUUUAAACAUUCUGUAUUGAUAAUCUGCAAAAAAUGACCUUGGUGUUUCUUUUGCAGAAUUGUUUAUCUCACCAUUUUUUUCAGAGUUUCAUCUCAUUUCUAAUAUGUGUGUUGCAUGUGAUACGUAUUGCCUUUCUGCUCAUAGAAUCAUAAAAUAAAUGUGUAUUAUUACUGUUCUCUGAUUUUUAAGCAAUAUAUACAGAAGUUUGUAUAAAAAAUUUAUGUCAAGGCAACAGUGUUUUUAACAGUUCCUUUCAUUUCAUCAUAAUAAUUUAAAGUAUUUAAACCUAACUAAAUUCUCAUGGUACAUUUUAUUUUUUUGUAAAUGCCACGUUCAACUUUUUGUACAUUGAAAUUUUGAUUUCUCAUGAUUUUUUAUUGCACAUUUGAAAUGUUGCAUUCCUUCCCAAUUGAUAUGCAGAGCAUGUUUAUACACGCUUUUCCAUAUAUAUGAUCCAUCAUAUUUGAAAUCGAACAACAAUUUUCACCAAGUGAUGUCAAAUAAUACAACGAUCUACAGACUGUUUUCUGCUUCCUCAUUACUUUUUUUGUUUAUUUUAAUGUCACAGUUAUGUAAAGACCAUGGGAAAAACAUGUUUUCUUACUUGGAAAUAUAGUAAGGAGACUUUGAAAAGGACUUUUAGCAAUGAAGAAUCUCACAGUUGUGUUUUGUUCACUUUUUGAAACUUCUGCAAUUGUAGUUUAAAAAUUAUAGUAUAAAUAACCUAUUUAAACAGAAAAUCUGUAUUACAGACUUGUUUAGGCUAGUGUCGUUACCUGUUGCAGUUUUGCAGAGUAAUACCAAUAAUUGAUAUACAUUUGUUCUGUAUUAGUUAUUGUCUAUAAAACAUGUAAAGGCAUGACAGAAUAUUCAGAAAAAAUGAUGAACCUUCUGUAGAUCACAUUUAAUUUCUUGAGAUUGGUGAUUUGUUUUGAAUGAAUAGUCCAUCAUGAAAUAUACCUGAGUUACAGCGCUUUUUUUCCUAUGGGUUUAAGAAGAGGCCCAUUCUGUGUGUAGUCCUAUUUUGCCUGUGUAAGGUUUCUGUUAUAUUUGUUGUAUAGGUCAGUGUUAGUCGGCAUACAUGUAUAGGAUUAUAUUGUCAGGAUUUAAUGCGACCUGAUGUUCAUAGCUAAAUUCUGUGGCUUGACAACAAAAAAAAUUCAGUAGAAAGCUAGAUAUUUUACAUCAACAGGCUUGUCUUUGAAACAAAAAAUGAAGACAUUUUUUUUCUUUGAAGCAGAACAGAGGCAGAACAAAUAUUUGUUGUAGGAACAUCGGGAAAUAUUUUGAAAUCAACAUUCUUUGUAUGUUAAUAAUUUAAACCCCACACAUUAUUUACUUAAUACUAAUAGCAAUAUGUCUGUUGAAACCGAUGGUGUAGUGAUGAUAGUAUAUAACUAAUUUGUACAUUUUACACCACCAAAAAUUCCAUCAAUCCUGGUAACCAGUUGAUGAAUACAUGCAUUAAGUAUUUUUGAUUACAUGUAUUUUGAAUUUAAACUGUUAUUUAUGAUAUGCGUGUACUGUGUACAUCAUUUUAUGACAUGGUUAGAUUUCAAGUGUGUUUAAAUGAAAAAAAAAAAUGUGUUAAAAAGUCUUCACUUAAAUUGAUGCACAUUUAUGUCAAGUGUUUUGGAUAAUUCCCUGUAAAUUUCUGACAUAGCUAUGAAAUUUUGCAGUAUUUUUAUUGACAAAAUGUGCUUUUACAAUUCAAAAGGCAAAAUUUUGCUGCAAACAGUAUUUUUUGCUAUGAGUUGAUAAUACAUUAGAUCAAUGUUUGCAAUAUUUGUAUUUGCAUGUGUAAACAUCUAUAUUUUCGUAACAACAGGACUUCAAAACCUUAUACUUGUGGUCCUGCAAGAAUAAGUCCAAACUUUGACUUGCUAAAAUAGAAAUUCUAGACACAAAAUGAAGACUUUAUUGUAGCAAUAACUACUGCAUGCUACCAAACAGUAAGACCUAUGUAUAAAGGAGGCAGCGAGUAAGCUGUUGUUGAAGCUUACAAAACCUCGGCUGUUAUAGGCUGUUAUAGGCUGUAUAGGCAAUCUGUUUUAGAGAUUACCGGAUAUAAACGGUUCUUAUGUCAGAGAAAAGAGGUUAGUUUGGUAUGUAAUUAGAAUACUCUAACCAGAACACUAAGGCAUAGAGUGAUGUCGUUUGGUUGGUGUUGUCCAGUUAAUGGACAAUUUGUUUUUGUUAGUGAAAACAUCACCUGUUGGAGGCGAUUCAAAUCAGACUCUUCCAGCACCCCGGCCGCAUCUCUGUGGCAGAAUAUUGUGAAGGGGAGGUAUGAUAUUGAUUGUCAGAAUAAAGAAAAAGUGAAGUGAA